AUGUCAUCAAAUGCAUCAUGUAUAUUUUGUAAAAUUAUAAAAGGUGAAAUUCCAUCUUUUAAAUUAAUUGAAACUGCCAAAACUUAUUCAUUUUUAGAUAUACAACCAACAUCAAAAGGUCAUGUAUUAAUUAUUCCAAAAUAUCAUGGAGCAAAAUUACAUAAUAUACCAGAUGAUUAUUUAAGUGAUUUAUUACCAGUUGUUAAAAAAUUAACAAAAGUUUUAAAAUUAAAUGAAAAUAAUACUCCUGAAGGUGAAGGUUAUAAUGUUUUACAAAAUAAUGGUAGAAUUGCUCAUCAAGUAGUUGAUCAUGUUCAUUUUCAUUUGAUUCCAAAACCUGAUGAAGAAACUGGGUUAGGGGUUGGUUGGCCUGCUCAAGAAACUGAUUUUACUAAAUUAGGUAAAUUACAUGAAGAAUUAAAAGAAGAAUUAGCAAAAUUAGAUAAUGAAAAGUUAUAA